UUCAUUUAACUUCGUGAUUUUAACAAUCAGAUAUCAAUCAAGCCAAAUGAUUUUUAUAUUAUAAAAUGAGACAGUUUAUAAAGAUAUAAAUUAGACAAUUACAUGAAGGUCCCUCAGUUUUUUCUAUCAUGAAAUUUCCUUAUUUUAUUUUUUUCACACUUGAUUACAUAACUCUGAUAAGCAGUAUGACAGAGAAGGACAAAACACAAAAAAGUUGUUGAAAAUUGAUAUUUGUUGUUUUUGAGGUUAAUGUAAACAUUAAAAGUACAAUUUUGAUUUCAGAACAAUUAUCUUAUCAUUGAAUCAAGUUGCAUGUUUACAGUUUUUCAUUUCAGCAGUAAGUGUAUUCCAGGAUUAUAUAACAUGUCGAAAAGGCAACUUUUAUUGCUCUCUUCUUCAAAAGUUCAUGGGCAUGGAUUUUUGGACUAUGCUGAGAAUGAUAUUUGUGACCUUCUGUCUGAACAUAAUGUUACAGCUGUAUUGUUUGUUCCUUAUGCCUUGAGAAAUUAUGAUCAGUAUCUGAAGAAAGUGCAACAACCUUUUAAAAAAUGGGGUUUCCAGGUUGACGGUAUCCACUCUGAGAAUCCAUUGGAAGCAGUUGGGAAAGCACAAGCCAUAUUUAUUGGAGGAGGAAAUACAUUUCGGUUACUGAAAACAUUAUACGACCUCAAUUUGGUAAAAGCUAUCAGAAAACGAGUUUUGGAAGAUGGAAUACCCUACAUUGGAGCAAGUGCUGGUACAAAUGUUGCAACAGUGAGCAUUAACACUACUAAUGACAUGCCAAUUGUCUACCCACCAUCGUUUGAGGCUCUCAAUUUGGUUCCUUUCAAUAUUAACCCGCACUAUCAAGAUCCUGACCUUACUUCAACACAUAAAGGAGAAACAAGGGAAGAAAGGAUCCUCCAGUAUUUGGAGGAGAAAGAGUCAUAUCCUGUUUUGGGCCUUAGGGAGGGAUGUACACUUCAUGUUAAGAAUAAUACUGCUAUUUUGAAAGGAAUUCGGAGCGCAAGACUGUUUUCCAAGGAACAGAAACCUCGUGAGUUUGACGUUGGAAGUGAUUUGAGUUUUUUACUGAAGGAUCAAUAUUGACAAUAUUGUAUUUUUGUUGAGAAAAUGUAUGAGUUAUGCAAUACAACCGCUGCAAUUUCA